AUGGAAAAUAUUGAUGCUGAUUACGUUUCUUACGACGAAGAAUUUUUGUCAGAGAACGAUGACGAGUAUGAUUACGAAGAUAACGAGAGCUUUUAUGAUAUUUUGGACGAAGACGACGAAAGCUCAUCGGGAGAUUCUGAAAUAUCAGACGCCGAAUUUACAAUAGACGUUGAGGAAAAUGAAGCUGUGACUGAACAUCUUCAACCAUAUUUUGUUGUGAAAGAAGAAGGAUUUCAAGAAAUGAUGAAAACAUUCAAUCCCAAUUACAAAAUACCUCAUCCGACAACAUUUUCACGCAGCAUAAUACCGAAAAUGUACAAUUCCAUCAAAGGAAAAUUGAUCGUUCAAAUGCAAAAUGAAGUUAAAAAAGAUUAUAGACGUAUGAUUUAUUUAAUGACCGACGGAUAUACAACUCGUUCAGUUAUUUCCUUCAUGUCAUUGACGUUGCACUAUGUUACGGAUGAUUUCGAGCAAAAAAGCUUCGUUCUCGCCGUUAGAAAUAUGUCUCAACGUCAUACGGGAAUGAAUAUCAACACAUUUUUAAAAGAUCAAUUAAAAGAAUAUGGUUUGAACGACGAAAGUUUUGUCUCGGUAUGGAUAACAGAUAAUGCGGCAAACAUGCGUAGUGCUAUUGAAUUAUCAGCCGAGUGGACAAGAAUUCCUUGCUUCGAUCAUACGAUUCAUUUGGCUGUAAAAGAUGCCGAAAAACCCUUUGAAAAUUUGACAACCAUAAAUCCCAAUUGCGAGCCUCUGACAUUAAUUCAGGAUGUACCUCAUCGAUGGUUUUUUUCGUUGCUGAUGCUUCAACGUUUAGUGAAAUUAAAAGUAUCUCUGAGUGCCGUAUCAGCUGGAUUAGGCAUCGAACAGAUAAGUGUAGAAGAGUGGACGACGAUCGAUAAAUAUAUAUCUGUUGUCUCACCUAUUGCUGCAGUCGCUACCUUGAUGGAAGGAGAGAAAUAUCCAACGAUUUCUUGUUAUAUACCGAUGAUUUUAGCUCUAUUGAACACGAUGCAGUCGGAAAACGAUCAGGACUCCGAGUGCAAUGAAUUAACCGCUUCAUUUAGAUUUGAAAUCAAAGAUAGAUUCGAUCAUUUAUUUAAUUUAAACGAAUUUUCCGAUAAUUCCUCGCGUAAAAUUCUUUUUGUGGCUAUGAUGGUUGAUCCUCGCUUCAAAGAUAGGUUUUUAGAGGAUGAAUUUGAGGAUCUAAAAAUAUUUGCCAAAAAAUGCACUUCUCCAAGCGAUUAA